GAGACCGUCAGUUCAACCUCAGAUCAUCCUGGAUGUUGCUCUGGAUUGGAUUAAUCAACACGUGUAUGGCAUUCAAUACAGACUCAACUUCAUGUUAUGCUCAAACGAAAUAAUAACAAUACUUCACUAAUCGAUUGUGGACUUCUGCUUAACUCUUGUUAUUUUUUUUAAGAAUAUAUGACUCUAAAAAUGUUUCCAGUGCAUCUUAUUUCCACUUUGAUAGUGGCUUGUGGUUGCAGUGUGCUCGCAGACGCAAUGCAAGCAAACUUCACCAUGGAUAAUGACAUUCAGUCCAGCUUCAUCCAGCGGCGCCUGAAGAGCCAGGAGCGCAGAGAGAUGCAGCGGGAAAUCCUCUCUAUCCUCGGGCUGCCGCAACGGCCACGUCCGCUCCUGCACGAGAGACACACCGCGGCUCCCAUGUACAUGCUGGAUCUGUAUAACGCCAUCCUGGAGGACGGAGACAGGCGCGGUGGGCUUGUGUACUCUUAUGAACCCGCGUACACGACCCCGGGACCCCCGCUGGUGACCCAGCAGGACAGUCGCUUUCUCAGUGAUGCCGACAUGGUGAUGAGCUUUGCGAAUACAGUGGAUCCAGAAGAAGACCUUCAACUGUAUCAUCAGCAUCGCAGAGAGUUCAGAUUUGACCUUUCUCGCAUCCCGCCAGGUGAAACUGUGACCGCUGCAGAGUUCCGAAUCUACAAAGACUUUGUUCGCGAGCGUUAUGAAAACGAGACCUUCCAUGUCAGCGUGUUCCAGGUGCUUCAACAGCAGCACAGAAGGGAGCUGUACCUGCUGGACUCACGAGUGGUAUGGGCUGCAGAAGAGGGAUGGCUGGUCUUUGACCUCACGGUCACCAGUAACCACUGGGUUAUAAACCCAGGUCAGAACUUAGGACUGCAGCUCUUAGUGGAGACCUCACAUGGUGCAAGAAUGAACCCAAGAAGAGCUGGCCUGGUGGGCAGCAGUGGAGCUCAGAAUAAGCAGCCGUUUAUGGUGGCGUUUUUGAAAGCAUCAGGAAUCCACCUCCGCAGUGUCCGCUCGGCAUCAGGAGGCAAACAGAAGGGUCAUCACCGCACAAAAAACGCCAAACCUGGCGCUGCACACAGCCAGGUGGCUUUAAAAACAGCUGAAGCCACAGAGGGUGCCAGCAUAGAUCCCAAACAGGGCUGCAAAAAGCAUGAACUCUACGUCAGCUUCAGAGAUCUGGGAUGGCAGGACUGGAUCAUCGCCCCAGAGGGUUAUGCCGCGUACUACUGUGAGGGCGAAUGUGUGUUCCCUUUGAACUCUUAUAUGAACGCCACAAACCAUGCUAUUGUACAGACACUGGUUCAUUUCAUAAACCCUGAAACUGUCCCGAAGCCCUGCUGCGCUCCAACUCAGCUGCACGGAAUCUCAGUUUUGUACUUCGAUGACAGCUCCAACGUAAUAUUGAAAAAGUACCGCAACAUGGUCGUCAGAGCCUGCGGAUGCCACUAAUCACUACCUCUACCCUCACCAGAGGGAUUCAACAAGGGAUUUAAAGACUUGUAUUCUUGAUUAUCAAGAGCGCAGAGAGAAUACGAGACUCGCUGCUGGACCCAAACUGGACUUCUUCAUAUGAAGCGGAUAAGACAAAACUCAAAACUCCUAGAACACAGCUGAGUGUGUGUUGUGUCUGGCUUUCAUUUCUGCACAGAGAGCCAAGUUUAAAAUAUCAAAAAGGACAUAAGCAGAUACAGAGAGAAAAUAAAAGAGAUUUAACCAGACUGAUCAGGGAAGAUGCAGUGGAUUUAAGCAUAAUGCUAUCGUAUUUCAUAAACCACUUGACUUGAUUUCUGAAAGAAUAAUACCUUUUAAAAAGUCUGAGACCA